AUGGCGUCCGAAAUUCUCAUUCCUGGGACUGUCCAGCUUGUUGAUGUCCAAGGCAUCUUCAAUGUCAAGCAUGGUCAGCAGUCUCAAGACAUCGUCCUCGUCCCGCAGCCGACCAAUGACCCUGAUGACCCCCUUCGCUGGGUCGCCUCACGCAAGACCAGGAAUAUCAUCUGUGCCAUGGUAUGGUGCUUUUUCGUCGCCGGUAUGAUUUCAGGGUUGUCUCCUGCAUACAUCUUGAUUGAGAAAGACACUGGUAUUUCAAUUGCCGACUUGAGUACUGGCAAUGGUAUUCUCUUCCUCUUCUUGGGCUGGGGGACCAUGAUCACACAAUGCCUUGCACUUCGCAAUGGCCGGCGCCUUACACUUCUUGUGUCCAUCAUCAUGACCACCCUUGUGUCUCUUUGGACUGCGUACGUCAAGUCAAGGGGGGAGUUCUUUGCCAACCGCAUCCUCCUCGGUAUUGCCGCCUCACCUCAGGAGACGCUUAUCGAGGUCAUCAUCGGAGAUCUUUUCUUCACCCACGACCGAGGCUUCUUCAUGGGUGCCUAUAGUUGGACCUUGUGGUGCGGUGCCUUCCUCACGCCAGUGGCCUCUGGCUAUGUGGCGCAGGAGCUUGGAUGGCGCUGGAUUCAGUACAUCCUGACGUUCAUCGGCGCAGGUGUUACCGUUGUUACAUUCUUCUUCUUCGAAGAAACAAUGUUUUAUCGUAAUCAUCUUGCCAGCAAUGAGCGCUAUACACCGGGAAUCAGCCCAAAGUCUCUAGAUCGAGAAGAUGACUAUGCCUCGCAGUCUAUCUCGCCUUCUGAGCCUUCCGCAUUUGGUGAGCAAGAGAACACAAAGGCCUACCUGCAGAAGCUGAAGUUCUGGGGGUUCCGUGACCCUCGACAGCCCAGUACCUUUAGGCUUUUCUUCUUACCAAUUCGGCUAUUGUUCAUGUUUCCUGGCAUGUCCUUUGGCGGUCUGCUCGUAGGUGGAAUUCUUGCCUGGUAUAACGUCGUUGGCGGUUCCUUGGCUCUCAUCCUUGGUAAUGCGCCGUACAACUUCUCUGCAAACAACAUUGGUCUGACAUACCUUUCCUGCGUUGUUGGAGUCACCAUUGGUUGCUUUCUCUCAGGAUGGAUGGCCGACACUCUCGCCCUCCGUCUUGCUCGUCGAAAUGGUGGCGUUAUGGAGCCCGAGCACCGACUCUGGACAUGUCUUAUUGCGCUUGUCAUGCAUCCCGCUGGCUGCCUUCUCUACGGAGUGGGUGCAUCCUAUCAUAUCCAUUGGUUCGGAGUUGUUUUCGGCCUCUGUUUGAUCUCCAUUACUCUCCCAAUGGGAGCCAACCUCGCAUUCACAUACAUUCUUGAUACGUAUAAAGAAGUUGCAGGAGAAGGCCUAGUCUCGGCCAUUCUGAUUCGCAACAUGAUGGGUUUUGCUUUUGGAUAUGCUGUUGUCCCCAUGAUCACCAAUCUGUCGCUUCGUUAUGCCUUUGUACUCAUAACCAUCUUGGGAUUGGCAGUAUGGUCCACGGCUAUUGUGAUGAUUUUCGUGGGUAAAUCCCUACGGCGUCGCACUGCACGAUCGUAUUGGAACCUUGUUGAGCGAUAUGGUGCAAAGGCUCAUUAA